AUGUCUUCCGCCAUUGCCAAACGUCUCGAAGGCAAGACCAUCGUCGUGACGGGCGCCUCGUCGGGCAUCGGCCGCAGCACCGCUUUCGAAUUCGCGCGUACGGCGCCCAAGAAUCUCAAGCUAAUCCUGACGGCGCGGCGCAUCGACACACUCAAGGAGAUCGCCACCGAGAUCACCAAGGAGGUCGGCGAUGGCGUCAAGGUGCUGCCCGUGCAGCUGGAUGUUAGCAAACCUGAGGAGGUGCGCGGCUUCGUUCAGAACUUGCCAGAGGAGUUUCGCGACAUCAAUGUGCUGGUGAACAAUGCUGGUCUGGUCAAAGGAGUCGCCAAGGCACCCGAAAUCGCCAAGGAAGACAUGAAUAUCAUGUUCGCCACAAACGUUACCGGCUUAAUCAACAUGACCCAGGCAAUCAUGCCCAUCUUCCUCAAGAGACCCGACGGAGGAGCCGGAGACAUUAUCAACAUCGGCAGUAUCGCUGGCCGGGAGCCAUACCCGGGAGGCGGUAUCUAUUGCGCUACCAAGGCCGCCAUUAGAAGUUUCAGCGAAAGCUUAAGGAAAGAAACUAUUGCCUCCAGAAUCAGAGUCAUGGUCGUUGAUCCUGGCCAGGUCGAGACGGAGUUUUCAGUUGUUCGUUUCUACGGGGACAAGGCCAAGGCGGACGCCGUCUACGCCGGUUGCGAACCUCUGACCCCCGACGACAUCGCGGAAGUUAUUGUCUUCGUUGCCGGAAGAAGGGAAAACGUUGUCGUUGCUGAUACUUUGGUGUUUCCCAGUCACCAAGCUGGCGCAGGCACGAUGCACAGGAAGUUAUAG